UGCGCAUGCGGUUGUGUUGUGUUGUUUGAUGUGUAAUGUGUAUGGUGAUUGUUAAUGUGAAAUUUUGUUGUGACCUAGACUGGCAGCAGAAAAAUUGUGAGACAUGGCUACAUCACUGGCAGAACAACUGAAAAAGCUAACGCUUCCUCAAACAUCAUUACUCGUCCACGAGAAAAAGCGAGCAUCCUUCUUAUUUGAUCCAAAAGAAGCUGCAAAUUUGGACAGAGAUGCUGUGUACGAAUUAGGAAUGGCUGGACUACAUGAACUGAAAACGCUGAAUUCAAAAUUUGCUGAUUUUGAAACUACUUUGUUUAGUUUGUUGUCAAAAUCUCUAGAAAGAUCAGUUGAAUCGUCCGAAGCAAAUGAGAAGCUGAACCAACACAUUGAAAGAUUUUUACUGAUGCUUUCACCAUAUUUCUUGUUGAAACCGGCACACAAAGUGUUAGAGUGGCUUAUAUAUAGGUUUCAUAUUAACCAAUAUAAUGUUGAUGAGCUGAUGAUGCUGAUUCUUCCAUACCAUGAAAGUCUGCUGUUUGUGCGUAUGGUACAGCUAUUUGAUGUUAAGGAUCCUGCUAAUAAAUGGCACUGGUUGCAUCCACUGCAAAAGCCAGGAGUCCCACUUUCAAAAACCACACUUCUCAAUCAUUGUGCUAGUGAUGUUGGAUUUUUAAAUUUUGUCUGUGAAAUGGCUCUUAAAGCUGUAAAAGUAAAUAAAGACAAUGCUGCUGUUUUGACAACAUUAUUUGCUUUCACUAGCACAACUAUUGUUGGAGCUCUAGAGUGCAAAAAGUCUGUCUUAGAUGUGCAGAUUAUGCACAUACUGAAGAUUUUGAUAAAAGCACUACAUUCACCAGUUUUUGAUUUUGCAGCCUCUGCUUUCAUGAUCACAGCUCAGUUGGCACGAAAAUCUCUUUUGUCAGAAAAAUUACUCACAACAAUCAUCAUAAAGGUCUCAAAGAAUCCGAAUGCUUCUUUAACCGGAGAAAUAGUCCUCCUGUUGUUACAGCUGUACCAGUUUCAGAAUGAAUCACUUAGUACUUUCCCAAGGAAAGCAUUAUUGAAUAUUGUAAAGCGGAAAGAUUUUCCAGUUAUUUUAGGAAAACUAGCAACAGCUGGCGGUGUUGUUACACCUCUGCUGAUACCAUUGUUAUCACAAAUACUGUGCACCAUGGAGCAGCAGCCGGAGUGCAUGGAAGAACUGAAAAAUUUUGCAGAUGAACUGUUUACAGAAGUUCCACUAGAUUCAGAAAAUGAUGAAGUAUUUAAGAUUGUUCAAUCUUUUAUUGAUACUUUUUAUAAAAGUGAAGUAAAUAAUGAUUCAGAUAGUGUGGAUAAAAAUAUCUUGGAAAUAUAUUCAAGUCUGCUGAGUAGGAUCGAAAAGCAGUAUCCAAGCAAAUUUGAUGCAGCUGUUUGUAAACUGAUGACAAACUCCAAUACAUCUGACAAGUGCAAGGAGUUGCUUCAUUUUAUGCCUGAUGCAGCAUUAAGGCAAGGAAAUACAGCACUGUUUGAAAAGAUAAAUCACCCAUCAGCAGAUGUUCGCAUAAAGGCAAUAGAAUAUAUGGGUUCGAAGUACAUGAAAAUUAAGGCCAUUGAUGAGCAACUCCUAGUUGACAGUCUAUCAGAGCGGAUGAAAGAUGAUAGCCCAAGAGUUGUGAAAAAAGUGUUCAGCAGCUUUGACUCAUCUGUUCUCACAUUGUUACUGGGUCCUGAUUAUUUACUGAAGAAUCUCAUACAGCUUGCAAAGAAGUGUUGGAUACUGAGGGGAGAAUGGACUGAAAUUGCUGCAAGUGUUCUAAACAUUAUUUGCAGUGAACAAGUUAACAAUUUUUUUGAAAAAGAUGGACACAUUCUGGUUACUGUUUUUCCAUACCUCUUUCCUGGAGGGAAAGCAGAAGCCCAGAUUGCUAGGGACAUUUUAACAUCAUUUUUUGCUGGAACUAACAUGUUAUUGACGUAUAUCAGGAGAGGUAUGCCUGACCCUGAUAAAUGCGACACCACACAAAUCUGUGUUAAAACAUUUAGAGGCCUCAUUACCUGCCAUAGCAUACCUGGAAUGAGUGAAUAUUUGCAGGAGGCAGCACAGCUUGUAGAACCUGAGAAUUCCGACACUGUUGAAAAGUUUCUUGCUCUCCUGUUUAAAUCCUCAGCAAUAACCAAAAAAGUUACUGCAAAAGAGAGUAAAAAGAUUCUUGAUGAGGCUGUAGCAUAUGUUGAAGGCUCAAAGGUAACACUAGCUGGAGAUGGCAAAGAAUUGGGCAUCAACAAUAUUCACAAAUGCUUUAAAGUUGCAAGGAUGCAGAAACUUCCAUUGGAAGCUUUUCUUCACUGUGUGUCAAUAUUGAUAAAAUACACCACAGUCCCACCAAAACUUAGAACAAGUAUAUGGUGGGAUCUGAAAGGCGUUAGAGAUGAAGAGGAAACUGUCACAGCGGCCAAAUUUUUGAUAAGAAUGUUUGAAGUCCUAGUUGCGGGUUGCAGUUUACAACCCCAGGAAGAGCGUACAAAGUGUGCAUACAUAAUACAACUGAGAGAAUUCUUUCAGGAAUACUUCCCACAGUUUAGCAAUCAAAUGAAUUUCCUAAGUAAUAUGUGGAUUGGUCAUGCAAUGACUGAAGCAAAUGACAUUGAAUGUAAUAUUGUGAGCUACGAACUCCAGUUACGUUCCCUGUGUCUUGCGACAUCACUUCUUCGGCAGUCUGAAUCAUCUAUUGGGUGGAUGUUGAGCUAUGAUGAAAUAACAGUGCCAGCUCUACUGAUAGCACUUUCGUGUCCUGUAUCACUCAUUCGAGUUGCUUCACUGGAUUGUCUCUCUAUUCUUGGAAAGUCAUUUGGUGGUGCUCUCAGUGAGAGUAGCUAUAUUCACUUAGUGAAUGAAAUUCUUAUACGGAAAGAAGAGAUAAUCUUGGAUGCAGAACAACUUCCAGUCAUCAUGUAUGUGCUGCUGUCAACUGAUCCAGAAGCACGAACUGUGGUGAGAGAAAAGAAUAGAACUCACAUGGAUUCCAUAAGAGAGGCCUUAGUGUCGUGUGCCACAAUUGAAGAAAAUCCAACAUACAUGGCAGCUGCCGUCUUGAAGAUACUUUCGAAUGUGUCAUCAUCAGAAAUGUUGAUGAAACUUGUUUGCUUGGGUAACAGAAUUAUGAUUAACGCUGGAAAGAGUGACAAGAAACUAGAUUAUUAUUCUUCCUCAAUAUUAAGAGGCAUUGUGAAACGACUUGAUGAGGAGACAGUAGACUGCCUGAAGCAUCCAGCAUGUUUCGUAUUCUUUGAAACAAUGCUUCUUGAUCAGAAAACACAUGUUUUCGAUGAAGAUGAAAAAGUUAUCUGCCCAUCUGUACUCGCUAUGGAACAGAUUUCAAGCCUUUUCUUUGAAUCUGUUCCGGAUCUACAGCAGCACAUUUUAGGAAUUAUUCUGGAUUUGGGAUAUGAAAGUGAUGCGCCAGAUGUAAUAUCUGCUAUUGCACAUUUGUGGAAAAGAAUUACUCUUGAUGCACGGCUGAUUGUUGCUGAACUGGACAACAUGUAUAAUGCGAAAAUAUGCACACCACCACCAAAUACAAGGAAGAAAAGGGUUAUAAAAACAGCUCCAUCCUUGGAAAUUCUCAAAACGUCAGCAUGGAAGCGGGGUGUUACUUUGCUUGAAUUAAUUCAGAAUAAGAAGAAGUUGUAUUCUGUUCACCAUAUUUUACCUGUGCUUUUUGGAAUACUCCAGCGAUGUCUCGAGUUUGAAGAGCAAUCUCCUGUUGAAUAUACGAAGCAGUUGGUAUUGUCAUGCAUUCUUAAUUGUUGUCAGAAACUGUCUGCAGAUGGCAUACCUUCCAGUGUGACUGAGGAUGAAGUCAAUGUGUCAUUGCUGGUGCAGUGUAUUCGUGGUACACAGAAUCCACAGACACAUCACCAUGCAUUACUUGUACUUUCACAAGUUGCUGAAAUGAUACCAGAUCAGGUUUUGCAUAAUAUUAUGGAAAUUUUCACUUUCAUGGGUUCCUCGGUAUUAAGACAAGAUGAUGCUUACAGUUUUCAAGUCAUUUCCAAGAUUGUGGAAACUGUUAUACCUCUUAUAAUAAGGGCUGAACAUUCUGGUGUGUUGACAGAGAAGAUGAACUCGCAACUUGAAGAUAUUGUAGCAAAAGUGAUGAGAGUGUUUGUUGAUGCUGUGAUGGAUAUUCCAGAGCAUAGACGCAUUUCGUUAUUCCACAAAUUACUCCAGACAUUAAAUGCUGAAAAAUUUUUGUGGUUAUUUAUAAGCCUUGUUCUGGAGAGUCAUGUUCUCAGAGGGAAUGAUGGUGUUGACAACAGAAAUACUAACAAGAAAGGUUCUGAAAAUAAAGAACAGAAUGCAAUGCCAAAAAGGCUUGAGUUCCUAAUGAAUAUAACUAAACAGUUCUCGCCUUAUGUUAUUUUAAAGAAUUGUGUUUCAGUAAUAAGAUACGUGAGAUUGCUUCCAUCAUCAAAAGAAAACUUCUUUAGGCUGAAAAAGAAGAUGGGUGCAACAUUGCCACCAUCAUCACUGUUUGAUAUUGCUCAUCAUACGGAUAAACAGCUGCGUCACUACAGAUACAGUCUUGUAACAUUUUUGUCAUCGCUUCUGUCAUCAGCUUCGUUUGUUGCACAGGUUGCUGCAUUGACUGAUGAUGAAACUGUACAGCUUGAAAGUUUGUACAGAGAAUUUAUUGAAAAUAUCUUAUGCCUUAUUCAGUCUUGUGCUCAAGAAGCUGACAUAAAUUCAGGAAAAGCAACUGCAAAAUACUGGAAAGUUAAACUAAACCAAUGCUAUGACAUCCUAGAUAAGGUAAAUGCAUUACUGCCACGAGGCAUGUUCCUGUUGGUAAUCCAGGGGCUCCUACAGAAUGAAUUAUUGACAGUACGCCGCAAAGCUCUGGAGCUGUUAAAUGCAAAGUUGCAAUAUCGUGUGGAAUUUGUUUCAACUUGCAAGCCAGAAGAAUUACUGUCAUUAUUAUUACCAGUUACAAAUAUAAUAAAAUGCAUUUCAUCUGGUGAAGAAUCUACGCAGGAAGAGGAAAUGAUUCAGCAAACAGCAUUGUUUUCUGUGAAAUUAUUUGCAAGGGCAUUGGCUGCAGAGCAUCCAGAUGAAUUUAAGAAGAUGCUGGAUGUAAUUACACAACUUGUCAAAUCAGAUUUACCAUUAGGAAAUCUCUUAGCAACUGUUCUUCUCUGCCUUGCUGAACUGUGCAGUACUCUUCGUGCAAAUGCUAUUGCAUUUUUGCCAAAAUUUAUGCCUUCACUUAUCAAAAUAUUGCAAAAGCAUAAUGAUCUUCAAAGCCCCGAUGUAGUGCUGCUUGCUAUCAUUACAGCAUUACAUAAAAUUGUUGAGAGCUUAUCAAAUUUUUUGAGUCCAUAUUUGGAUAAAAUUCUGCUGGAAAUAUGCAAAAUAUCAGCUAGAUGGCAACAUGAGCAAGAAAAUCCGAAAACAUCUUCAGUACUACAAAAACUGAAGGGUAUUAGGCAGAAGAUUGCAACAUCAGUGCCAUCACGUAUAUUGAUCCCAUCUAUGAAAAAAUGCUAUUCCAAAGUGAUGGCAGAAGAUGUGCAGGCUCUUGGGCCACUGGCAGGUGUUCUGGCUGAUAGCUUCUCUGCAAUGAGUGCAGCAGAGUUACAACACCAAAUGUUGGAACUAACCAACUUCUUCCUAACAGCAUUACAGUUUCGUUCAGAAACAAGCAGUCAUCCUGCAGAUGUGAUUUUUAGUGCUGAAGGUCAUAUCAUUGAUGCCCUUGUAGCACUUGUGUUGAAACUGUCAGAAUCUUCUUUCAGACCACUAUACUACAAUAUUUUCCAUUGGGCAACUGCAACAGAAGCUCACAAGGAUAGGAUCAUCACCUUUUACAGGUUGUCAAGCAAUAUUGCAGAGUGCUUGAAAGGUUUAUUUGUUCUUUUUGCUGGACAUUUCAUUAAAAAUGCUGCUCAGAUGUUGGAUCAGAAUAAUGAAACAAAAACAGAAGACUUAUAUUUUGGAAAAGGAGAGGAAGCAGAAGCAAAAGCAGCUGUGCUGUUGGAAUACAUUCUUAAAACUCUCCAUAAAGUUUUUCUAUAUGACAGUCAUAACUUUACUAAUAAGGAACGAUUUGAUAGUUUGAUGCAACCAGUUGUUGAUCAGAUGGAGAACACACUUGGUGGAGUUGAAAAUUUACAGUCGAGAGCAAAAAAUCUGUUGACACCAUGCAUUGCUCAAUUUGCUGUUGCUACUGCUGAUGACACGUUGUGGAAACAGUUGAAUUACCAAGUUCUUCUGAAAACCAGGCACAAUACUCCACAGAUCAGGCUCAUUGCACUUGAAACUUUAUGUGAAGUUGCACGGAAGUUGGGUGAAGAUUUCUUGCCAUUGCUGCCAGAAACUGUUCCAUUCCUUGCUGAAUUACUAGAAGAUGAAGAUGAGGAAGUUGAAAAAGCAUGCACAAAAUCUGUGCAAGAACUAGAGGAAAUUCUAGGAGAGCCUCUCCAGAAAUAUUUUUGAGAUGUUUUAUUCAGACAUGUGAAUUGUUUUACAUAUUGUGUUUGUUGUUGACAUGUCAAAUGUGAUCACUAUGUUACUUGUUAAUAGUGAGUAGAUGGAGAUGUAAAUUUUAUGUAUGUAAUUUUGUUGGUUCCUCUUUUUUCCCCCCCUGUAUAUUUAUAUUCAUCCCCCUCCUGGCUUCUGCAGAUAUUAGGAUUUGUACAAUUAACAGGCAGUUUGUGAUAAGCAUGGACGGCAAUUUUUUUUUAAAGCCUGUUACAAGACAUACCAACAGCAUGAAUGAAAAAUAAAUAAUUGUGUAGACUUA